AUCCCACUACACCCAACUUACACCUACCACCUCAGACUCAGCACUCACCCUCACACCGACACCGAUCUCUUCUCCUCUCUCCCCCUCUUACAAUCUAAGACACGACAAACCUCUCCUCCACAAGCUGCUGCUGUUUCCUACCAGUGCUUGUAUCCCGCGAGAUAUUACACCACAACACACCACCAACACCCGACGGCACUCUCUCCCGACUCCUUCUGCCUCCCUGCUCGGCCUCGACGCAACCCGCCCCAGCUUCUCUUUCCGGACCCUGUCUGUGUCGCAGCUCCGUCCAAGCGCUCUGGCGCCACCCACGCCGCAACCUGCGAUCGAGGCGAUGAACGUCUAGUAUGGAGGUUGCCUUUCACGCCGGUCUUGCACGAGUUCCAUCAAACCCCCAGAACUUUCCUCCUCCAGCGACACAUUCCCGGAUGAAUUCGAGCGGCGGACCGCCCGCCCUCACGAGCCACCAGAGCUUCCAAAGCCAAUACAGCAGCUACUCGCACAGCAGCGCCCGCGAUACCCAGUCAUCCUCGGCCACAUCCACUUCUACACUCUUUGGACAGCCGCCUCCUAUAUUCCCCAGCUCCACCCCCAUGAACGGCGGGCCGAUCGAAGCCUCGAACAAUGUUCUUAACAAGCGGGCCGACAAGGACACUUCCCUCUUCCAGCGAUGUUUGAAUCUGCAACAGCGCCUACGUGCUAUUCCGGGCUUCGAGCGGUGGAUGGUUGAGGAAGAGAAUAAUGCAGACGAUGACGCUGACCCAGUCACUCUACUCUGGAGGACGUUCAGGAGGGGCUACCCGCUGAUGGAUGUUUACAACGCGCUGGGACCCCAGAAACCUCUCGUUGUCGAUGAGGGUAGGAUACCGGAGAAGAACAGGCCGAAGACUGCGGCCUACAAGUUCAUCCAGGCAUGCGUUGGAGAACUUAAAUUUCCUUCCGAGGAGUGCUUUAUCAUCAGUGAUCUCUACGGCGAUGAUACGACCGGUUUUGUGAAGGUCACCAACGUCGUCAAUCGUGUUCUUGAUAUUCUCGUGCAGAUGGGAAUCAUCAUAACCGAGAGUGAGGCAACGGACAGCGGCUCCGUUACCUCCACCGUCAAGCGCACGCAAAGAGAGCACAUCAUCGAUGAAUUGGUUAAGACAGAACGUACAUACGUUCAGCAUCUGGAGCUUCUCCAGGCAUUCAAGAAGCUCGUUGAGGAGAAGGGUGUUAUCACUGGUGACAGUGUCCAUGACAUCUUCCUGAAUCUGAAUGCCCUUCUCGAUUUCCAGCGCCGAUUCCUUAUCCGUGUGGAGCAAACAAAUGCGCAAUCAGCAUUAGAGCAAAAUUGGGGCCAGCUUUUUGUCUUGUACAAGGACGCAUUCAAGGUCUACGAGCCUUACAUUGCCAAUCAAAAGAAAUGCGAAGAGGUUGCCAUGCGGGAAUUUGAUAAGCUAAGGGAGACUGGUGGCUCUCCAGAGAUGCAGCAGAUGGUAGAAUCGCCUACUCAUCUUACCUCGUUCCUGUUGAAACCUUUCCAGCGGUUGGCUAAAUACCCGCUACUUCUUAAGGAACUUCGCGACAAAGGCGACCUAGACGAAGAACGCAAAGGCGAUAUUUCGGCCGGCAUAGAGGCUGCCUCUGCCGUGUUACAUCGAACGAAUGCAGCCAUUGACCGAGAAGAGCGAAUUGAAGCCGUUGAAGAGCUGAAGACCCUGGUCGAAGAUUGGAAAGGCCACCGAAUUGAAGGUUUCGGCGAACUCCUUCUCUACGGACAGUACACCGUCUUGAAAGGCGAAGGGAUUAAUGCGAAGAAUGAAGAACGCGACUACAGGAUCUACCUCUUCGAGAUGAUUCUACUUUGCUGCAAGGAAAUAAACCCCAACAAGCAGAAGAAUCGCAUGAUGAAUAAACCACUCGUUAACAAGAACGGGAAACCGAAGUUGCAGCUAAAGGGUCGUAUCUUUAUGCAGAACGUUACCGAGACCAUAUCCCUUCAAAAGCCUGGAUCAUACACCUGCCAAAUCUUCUGGAAAGGAGAUCCUGGCAUCGAAAAUUUCAUCAUCCGAUUCAAUUCUGAGGAGACUAUGAAGAAAUGGGCUACCCAAGUCGACACCCAACGACGCGUUUGGAAAGAGCAUUCAAGGACGAGCAGCAGCGCAGGGCAACCCAAACCUUCGGAUACUCAAUUUAAUUACAUGCGAGAUCAGGUCUUGGAGAAUCCUUACCAAGAAGAAGAAGAUGUUGAAGAGGAGGAUGCAGAUACAGUCACACCCGGUUAUCCAGGACCCCAAGAUGGUUAUGGUGUCAGGCAAAACAGUGGCAGUGUUCCGCCUCGAUCACGAUCUACCACAGGCGACAGCGACGGUGAUUCAAGGGUACCGCCUCCUCGUUUCCCCAUGGGCGGCUAUCCCGCUCAGGCCCCGCUAACCCUGCGAACCCAACAGUUGCAAAACUCUGGCAACGCAGAUUCUUAUUUCUCCCCAACUCUUGAGUCACCGAUGUCGACACAUUCAAAUGCCCGCACGAGCUCUUCCUCGGCUGGCACAUUCCCGUUUCCCAGGCAAGCACCACCCAACGGAUUCCAUGAUGAGAAUAACCGAUAUACUGCUCCUCCACCAGCACGCGGCCACAUGUCUCGAGACGGAUCUGUUAGCGGUCCAUCAUAUCCAAAUAGUCGCGCUGCCCAACGCCCGUCAUUGCCCCCUAAUACGGGUUCAUUGGCUCAAGGACGGUUGCGAGCUGCCAGUAGCCCGGAUAUCCACAAUCCCAAUCUUGGAGGUCGACGGACGCAAACUUCAGUGCCAGAUGUCCCGCCAUUUCCUACGCAUUAUGCCUACAACGCUGCAAUCGUGAACCGAAGUCAGAGCAAUUCACCAAGUGCUGUUCCCCCGCGAGCAGCCACGCAGUCGCCAGCAAUCCAACGCGAUCGAUUGGUACAGCAGCGAACUGCUGCCGAGUUGGCCAACGUUGAAUUCAACGGAAGCGCAGCCCGCCGUGAACCCAGCCACCCAAUGUCACGAACCAUGACACCUGCUUCCUCAUUCGAAAGAACUUUAACCCCGGCAUCAAUGGAUUCACGCAAUAUGUCACCACCUCUCUCUCAGACCCCUGGUCCUGAUAUGAUCAACCCAAACCUUCCAACACAGCUGAAGGUUAAGGUGCAUUGCCCUUCAGCCGGCAGCACCAUGACAUUGGUCGUUAGCACAACGAUUAGCUUUCAAUCACUCAAAGAUCGCAUUGAUGCGAAGCUUCAGCGAUCAACAAGUGUAUCACUGGGAGCAGGUCAAGUGAAGCUAAAAUAUUUGGAUGACGACGAUUACGUUAGCAUUCUUUCCGACGAGGACGUGCAAACAGCCUUCGAAACAUGGAAGGAACAGCAGCGAGACAUGAAUCCCGGUGGACAGCAGCUCGGAGAGAUUGAGCUUUUCUGUCAGCGGUAGCCACCUCGAUAUGUGGCAUUGUGUAUGACGAGCAUAUAUACGGCGUUUAUGGCUGGCAUCAUCGUUCUUCUCUUCUCGACUUAACAAGACGGAUCAUUGUCCAGCAUUUACUGGCGCAAGGAGUCAGUCAAUUGCUAGAUUUUGUAACCAAUGGUUUGGGCAAAUGCUUCCAACCAAACGUCACACCCAAGGCAUAAGGAGUCACGAUAUUCUGUUGAUCCACGAUGACCGCGCGGCUCCCUUGGGUGUUUCUUUUCGGAUCGGAUGUGGUUAGAGGUUCCAGGCUGGUCUCACUUUUCUCACACUCUUUCCAUGGAUAUUUCUGGAAACCAUACGGCGGACAGGCGCCCGCAUGAAUGAUGAUGG